GGGCGCUCGCCCCCCGCCGGGCCCGUGGACUGGGCGGCGGGGGAUGCGCCUGCUGCCGCCGCCCCCGGCCCCGCCGCCCCCGGGCCCCGCGCCCGCUCGCUGCUGCCCGCCCCGUCCGCGACCCCGGCUCCAGCUCCCGACUGGGGGUCCGCGGCCACGCGGGACCCUCUCCCCUCCAGCCUUGUCCGCCCGCUCGGGCCGAGCCCCGCAGGUCAGUGCAGGAGCCCAGCCGCUGAGCCAUGCCGGGCCCCGGGCGGCCUGCAGCGAGCCCAACCCCUGCACCCAGGUAGUCAUGAACAGCCACAGCUACAAUGGCAGCGUGGGGCGGCCGCUGGGCAGCGGGCCAGGCGCCCUGGGACGAGACCCUCCGGACCCCGAGGCCGGCCACCCCCCACAACCCCCGCACAGCCCGGGCCUCCAGGUGGUAGUGGCCAAGAGUGAGCCAGCCCGGCCCUCACCCGGCAGCCCCCGGGGGCAGCCCCAGGACCAGGACGAUGACGAGGAUGAUGAGGAAGAUGAGGCCGGCAGGCAGAGGGCCUCGGGGAAACCCUCAAAUGUUGGCCACCGCCUGGGCCACCGGCGGGCGCUCUUCGAGAAGCGGAAGCGCCUCAGCGACUAUGCCCUCAUUUUCGGCAUGUUUGGCAUCGUCGUCAUGGUGACAGAGACCGAGCUGUCCUGGGGGGUGUACACCAAGGAGUCUCUGUACUCAUUCGCACUCAAAUGCCUCAUCAGCCUCUCCACGGCCAUCCUGCUGGGUCUCGUUGUCCUCUACCAUGCCCGGGAGAUCCAGCUGUUCAUGGUGGACAACGGGGCUGAUGACUGGCGCAUCGCCAUGACCUGCGAGCGCGUGUUCCUCAUCUCGCUGGAGCUGGCAGUGUGCGCCAUUCACCCGGUGCCUGGCCACUACCGCUUCACGUGGACAGCGCGGCUGGCCUUCACGUACACGCCCUCGGUGGCCGAGGCCGACGUGGAUGUGCUGCUGUCCAUCCCCAUGUUCCUGCGCCUCUACCUGCUGGGCCGGGUGAUGCUACUGCACAGCAAAAUCUUCACGGACGCCUCGAGCCGCAGCAUCGGGGCCCUCAACAAGAUCACCUUCAACACGCGCUUCGUCAUGAAGACGCUCAUGACCAUCUGCCCCGGCACCGUCCUGCUGGUCUUCAGCAUCUCCUCCUGGAUCAUCGCAGCCUGGACCGUGCGCGUCUGCGAGAGGUACCACGACAAGCAAGAAGUGACCAGCAACUUCCUGGGGGCCAUGUGGCUGAUUUCCAUCACCUUCCUCUCCAUCGGCUACGGCGACAUGGUGCCCCACACCUACUGUGGGAAGGGUGUGUGCCUGCUCACUGGCAUCAUGGGAGCUGGCUGUACCGCGCUCGUGGUGGCUGUGGUGGCCCGGAAGCUGGAGCUCACCAAGGCUGAGAAGCACGUGCACAACUUCAUGAUGGACACUCAGCUCACCAAGCGGGUCAAAAACGCCGCUGCUAACGUUCUCAGGGAGACGUGGCUCAUCUACAAACACACCAGGCUGGUGAAGAAGCCAGACCAAGCCCGGGUUCGGAAACACCAGCGUAAGUUCCUCCAAGCCAUCCAUCAGCUCCGGAGUGUGAAGAUCGAGCAAGGGAAGCUGAAUGACCAGGCUAACACGCUUACUGACCUGGCCAAGACCCAGAACGUCAUGUAUGACCUUGUAUCGGAGCUGCACGCUCAGCACGAGGAGCUGGAGGCCCGCCUGGCCACCCUGGAAAGCCGCUUGGAUGCGCUGGGUGCCUCUCUACAGGCCCUGCCUGGCCUCAUCGCCCAAGCCAUACGCCCACCCCCGCCUCCCCUGCCUCCCCGGCCCGGCCCCGGCCCCCAAGACCAGGCAGCCCGGAGCUCCCCCUGCAGGUGGACGCCCGUGGCCCCCUCGGACUGCGGGUGACGGCCCUGCCCGCCACCAGACCCCUAAAUCUUGGCCAUCGUGUGGCCGCCACCUCCGGGAAGCCUUGUACAGUGGUGCCUCUUGGAGUUCAAGAAGCCGACGCUGAGUCAGGCUGAGUGGACUGAGGCCUGCCCCGCCCAGACUGCCCGGGCAGAGGGCAGGGCUGGACCAUGGGUGAGGGCAGGGGAGCCCGGAGCUUCCUCUGGUCACCUGGUCCCCCGACUCUCCCCAGGCCCCCGGUGGGCAUGGAGCAGCCCGGGGAGGGGUCCGUGCUGGUUCUGAAUAAAGCAGGACCCGCCUAGUGGCUGCCUGUGUGCGUGGCUGGAAAGCACUGGUGAUGUCCCAGGAGGUAGACCCCCAGCCCCGGGUACCAAGAUGAAUGUGAGAAUCAAAAAAAACCUGUUCCCAUCACCGGCCUAGCCUAGAAUCCUAGCCUAGAAGCCCCCUGUCCCUCUGGGCUGGAGCUCAGUGAGGGACAACUCUCUAGGGACACCUGUACCAGCCCCACCUGGUGCUGAGAUCCUUCAGAGACUGUGGCCCAGCCCUGGCCGGAAGCAUCUCUCCCAUUCAACCAGCCACAUUGAUGGACACCCACUGUGUGCCAGGCCCCAGCAGGGCCCAUGGGGGAGGUGACCUGGGUGAGGAAGGUCAUUUGGGUUUUUGUGAGAUUUGUAUUGAGCACCUGCUGUCUACAGAGAAUGUGAUGAUGUCAAUUACCACACUGAUUCCUCAUCAGAACUUGACCACGGUGGGAUGGGGGGAAACUGAGGUGCAGAGAGGUGAAUCUACCUACCUGGGACCAGAUUGCGAGGAGGGAUGGUGCAUUCAAACUGGAAAUCCCCUAGGCCAAAGUAAAGAACCAGACUGGCUGGGCACAGUGGCUCACACCUGUAAUCCCAGCACUUUGGGAGGGUAAGGCGGGCGGAUCACCUGAGGUCAGGAGUUCAAGACCAGCCUGGGCAACAUGGUGAAACCCUGUCUCUACUAAAAAUAUAAAAAUUAGCUGGGCGUGAUACUGCACGCUUGUAAUCCCAGCUACUCGGGAGGCUGAGGCAGGAUAAUCCCUUGAACCCAGGAGGUGGAGGUUGCAGUGAGAAAAAAUAGAACCUGGACUUGGUGGUAGGGACUCCAUGGAGGAGCCAUGGGGACAUCAGGAGGAGGGGGUAUUUGGUGACAUCCAGGGGUCAGAGAGACCCUUCAGGGGUGGGCUAAAGGGGAGGAUUCCAGACAAGUAGAAUCAGAAAGGUUCCUGGAGGCCGUGGGCUUGGGUGCUGGGAGCAGCAGGCACUUACUUGGCAGAUGCUGAGCCCUGGGUGGGGCGAGGAGGCCUGGCUCCUGGGGAGACGAUGCUGUGCACAGCCGAGGAACCUGAGGUCCUGGCAGCCUCUGAUAAGGCUGUCCAUCGCCUGGCUCAACGAGAUAAUUAGGCCGUGGCUGGUGCAUGAAUGACAAGCUUGGGCCCAAGCACGAGAAGGGUAUGAGGAGGUGCUGGUCAGACCGGGGUUCGAGUCCUGACUCUGCCACUGCUGGGUGACUCUGGGCAGUGGCUGCCCCUCUGGAGCCUCGGUUGUUUCAUCUGUAAAAUGGGGUGACAGUCUAUUUAACCAGAACUCCCUAAAAAGGGCCAGGCAACUGGUAGGUGCUCAAUAAAUGCUCCUUCCCACCUGAGGGAUC